UCCUCUGCCGGGUCACGUGACCUGAUUGACAGCUGGAUCUUUUCCUGCUCAAUCUCAGUGGAAAGUUUGAGGCGAACUCUCCGUGCGCAAAUCAAAACAACACGCGCUGGAUGUUAUGUGGGUCGGAACCCGUCAGGAUCUGCUGGAUACUUUGUAGCGCUUUAGCUCGCGCGAGCGGCAACAUUGUAACAUUCUUUUUGUUGACGUCAGCGGGAGAGGCGAGCGGAUGCGGGUGCGGUGAGCGCGGGUCACGGAGAAUCCUGUAGCCGAGCGGAGUGAGGUUGGUAGACCUGGAGCCGGAGGGUUUGAGGUGCGAUGGGGGGCCGGAGGAGAAGAUGCCCCAGGAGGAGACACCAGAACAGAGGAGAGACGCGUACAACAUGUCCCGUCUGCGCAGUUCCUCCCUGGAGAUCAUGGAGAAGGGGACAGAAUUCCUCAGAGAACAGCUGGAUGCUGCGCAGAAGGAGUUGAAGUUAAAGGAUGAGGAGUGUGUCAGACUGUCUCAUAUCAGGAAUCAACUCGAGCUGGAAUUGGAGGAGCUAACUGCCAGUCUUUUUGAGGAGGCCCAUAAGAUGGUGCGUGAAGCCAAUGUUAAACAAGCAACAGCUGAGAAACAACUUAAAGAGGCACAGGGCAAGAUCGACGUCAUGCAGGCAGAGGUCUCCGCUCUUAAGACGCUGGUAUUGACUUCUACCCCCUCCUCCCCGAAUCCACAGCUCCACCCUCAGCUGCUGUCGCCGGGGUCCGCUCGUGGCUCUCGGGGUCACACGCGCAAUAAAAGCGCCAGUGGAGCUCUACAACUGCAUUCAGAGCCGUCAGCUGAUGUUUUACCGCAGCGGGAGGACAGAGAGUUGGACUCUGUGUUGUUUGCCGAGUUCCUCUCAUGGAAAGAGUCGCCCAGUUUGGAUCGUACCUCGGCGUUCCUCAGCAGAUUGCAUAGAGAAGAUAUCGGACCGUGCCUUUCGUUCACCUGUACCGAGUUGUCUAAAUCUGUCCAGAGUGCAGUGGAAAGUAACUCUCUGACCAUUGAGCCUGUUGCCAUGUCAACCGUACCCACGGUCAAGAGCAUCGAGUGCGGAGGACCCAACGGUUUCCGGGUGCCUAUAGAAACCAAGUGUGCAUUGAGUGGCAUGUCCCGCCCCUGCCGACAUCGCAUCAAACUGGGAGAUAAAGAAAACUACUAUUAUAUAUCUCCUUCCAGCAGAGCACGCAUUACAGCCGUGUGUAAUUUCUUCACCUACGUCCGGUAUAUCCAGCAGGGACUCGUACGACAGGAAGUUCAGCAGAUGUUUUGGGAAGUGAUGCGCUUGCGAAGAGAGAUGAGUCUGGCCAAACUGGGAUAUUUCAUGACAGAGGGGAUCUAAAGAACCAACACACACACACACACACACACACACACACACACACACACACAAAGCAGGGUCAUCUCGAUACAGAACAAAUAACACUUACACUACACAAACACUCCAAUCACUUCAGUGAUAUUUCUGUAUGUAUUCAGGGAUUACUACAGCAGAAUUCCCAAAAACACUACCAUAUAUUGAGCCAUACGGAAUAACAGCAUUCCAGUUUACUGUUGUCAGGUUAAGUUUUGUUGGUUAACUGAAGUUCAUUCACGAUUAUAUAAAAGCUUGUUUGACAUUCGACUGUGUUUGCGUUGCAGACGCGACACAUUGACUUCCAGCGUGACAGCUGUGCACAGAAGCAGUUUACUAACCUUACAACCUCAAGAGCUUUAAAUACAUCAUGAAGUGCAUUUCACAUUUAACUGCAAAUUAUUGUUAGUGUUUACCAUAAACUAAUAUUUCAUUAA